CGUGUGGGAGUCCCAAUGCUCGUGGACUGUGAACUGUGCGCUGGUGAGGCUGACCUGCGUGGCCUCGUGCUCACGUAUGUUAUGAGCGCCCAAGACCACCUCCACUGACCUGGCGCUGAAAUUAGUGGAACAAGCAAUCUCGCACUAAACACAGCUCACCCGUCCAAGCAGUGAGCGGCAGUCAGCACCCACUCGCUAGAGAUGAGGAAGCCGCCGCAGAAGUAGAAGUCGUCGAUGAAGAGAGCGGCUUGGUGGGGCCAUGAGUGGGGCAGCGCCUCCCUGCCCCCUACGAUGCGAGCUGUUUUGCCGGAGGACCCCAUCUAUUCAACGCCUUACCACGACACCUACGGGACACCACUGACUUAAGCCUGGAUCAGUUUAAGUCUAAACUGGACACAUUCCUCUGGACAGUUCCUGACCAACCCAAGCUGCCCCACUACCACACUCGUUCUGCCAGUAAUAGUAUUAUUGACCAGCUGGCACAACAACAGGCAGAUGGAAACUACUAGUGGCGCCGCCCCAGCGUGGCCACGGGCAGCAUCAGCUGUCCAAAACAACAUUCAGCAGGUUCAACAGCCAGGAUCAACCCCCGCCAUACGCUUGCCCUGCUAGGAUGUCUUGGCCUUGCUGUCGACUACUGCCAGAGAAUCAGCCUGUCAGUUGCCAUCGUGGCCAUGGUGCAGCCCAGCCCUGACAAUACUUCCCGCUCCUGCCCUUACGCUUUCUACCACUCCAGCAAUGUCCAUGCUGCGCCGUGGCCGUACGGAAACUACUCUGCCCAAAUGAUAGCAACGACAGAAGCGAUGCAGUGGGAGCGUGGUGGAAAGGAAUUUUCUUGGGACAAAUGGACGCAGGGGCUAGUGCUCGGAAGCUUUUAUUGGGGUUACGCCGUCACCAGCCUCUUUGGAGGGAGGAUCAGUGACUACUUGGGUGGCAAGACUGUGAUGGGACUUGGAGUAUUUGCCGCCUCCUUCCUGACGCUCAUGACGCCCCUGGCUGCUUGUGCAUCCGUGCAGGCUCUCGUCAUCACCAGGAUUUUUCUCGGCAUUGCACAGGGCAUAAUCAUACCAGCUAUGAACACCAUCCUGGCCUCCUGGUUUCUGCCAACAGAGAGGAUCAAAUAUACUGCUAUAAUAAUGUCAGGCUGUCAGGUGGGGGCUGCAGUGGGCAUGACAUUCAGUGGACUGUUGGCGGACUCCUCCUUCCUGCAUGGGUGGCCAUCAGUCUUCUACUUCUUUGGAGCUGUAGGGGUCAUGUGGUGCAUGUCUUGGUGUUUCUUAGUCCACAGUCAACCUGAAGACCAUCCUGGUGUGUCUCCAGAGCUUCUGAGCAGACUGCAGGACAACCAGAAUUCUGUCAAGCAAAGGGAGGUUGUGCAAAUCCCAUGGAAGUCCCUCGCUACCUCAGUGCCUCUGUGGGGAGUCAUUCUGGCAGGUCUGGGUAAUGACUACGGAUUCUACACCUUUUUGGUUGACCUGCCCACUUAUCUGAAUGAUGUUCACCACUUGAACCUAACUAAUAUUGGCCUAUUGUCAGCUCUUCCUUUCCUACUGAUGCUGCUGUGGAGCCUUGGGUGGGGUGCCCUUAUGCACACUCUGAACCUGAGGAACAUUGUGUCUUUAGUAACAGUCAGGAGGAUGUCCAUGGCUGCAGCUCUGUAUGGACCAGUGGUGGGACUGAUGGUGUUAAUGUUCAUGCAGUGCAAUAUGGCAUUGACAGUCAGCAUGAUUUGUUUGGUGGUGAUGCUCAAUGGGGCAGCCAGCAGCGGGUACCUCUCCUCACUUCAAGAUCUGGCGCCUAACCUUGCUGGGACCCUAAUGGGUCUAACAAACACAGUCGGGUCUCUUGCGGGUAUUGGCAGCCCUGCCCUCACUGGUUAUGUCAUUGAAGAGAGUAAUACUGAGCAGCCAUGGCGAAUUGUGUUCCUCAUUAUUGCUGUGCUAUAUUUUGCCACAUGCACAUUCUACUUGAUCGUCAUAUCAGCUGAUGUGCAGCCAUGGAAUGAACCUCCAGGUUCUUUAAGAGUUCAUCUGCGUCACCAUGGACGUCACCGUGGCUACCACCAGCAGGUCCCUGCCACCCAUCACCACCUGGCUGACUGAAGGAAGCCUGGCUCUGCCCGCCUCUCCCAACAAUCUUUGUGUGUCAUUAGUUGUGUUGCUGAAUAACUGUGGCAUGUCAUGUUACAGACCACAGAACCAAUGAGAAGUGUGAAUAUUGCAUGUGCACUGUGUUUUCAGUUUUGAUAUAUAUAUAUAUAUAUAUAUAUAUAUAUAUAUAUAUAUAUAUAUAUAUAUAUAUAUAUAUAUAUAUAUAUAUAUAUAUAUAUAUAUAUAUAUAUAUAUAUAUAUAUAUAUAUAUCUUUCAUUUUUGCUAAUUGUUGAGCAAAUUUAAUUUGGUACCUAGAUUUAUUUGUGUGUAUCUGUACAGUUUGGUCUUGAAUGAUGUAUUUGUAAGAACAUAUAUAGCACUAAAAGUAAAAAAUAAAAGCCCUUAUAUGCUCACUAAAGCCCAUAUGCAGUCUUCAGGAGAAUGUUACACAACACACUGCUUGUUUUAUGACCAGAAGGAGAAAGUUGGUUUUAUCAUUCUCACAUUCAAUUUAAGCUACAUUUUUUCUUAUAUGUAUUUAAAAAUACCAAAGUGAUUUUACUUGUUA